CCCUGGGCGUCCCCGCUGCGGGGCUCGGCCUGCGUGUGGGGUCCCCCGGCGCCCCCGAACUCCCUGCACGGGGCUCAGAUGCUCACCACGGCAGGACAACAGGACAGGGGCACAGGAGGCUUCCGGGGAGCUGUGCCCCCCAUUCACCCCAAACCCCCUCGCCCCCCCUGCUCCACCCUCAUCAUCGACGCCGCUAUAUGCGAGUGCCGCCGGGGCUGGGACGGACCGAGCCCAGCUGCGGGGCCGGCAGCCGCAGCCCUACUUAAGAGCCGGCCACAGCCCCUCACAUGAUGGGAUUGUGACUGUCUGGGCCCGGCGGCAGCAUGGAGUGGAGCCGAGCAUGGCUCUCCUGGACCCGCGGGGCGCCCGGCGGUGCGGAGAACGCCCGGCUGCUGCCACAGGCAUCGAAGCUAGUGGAGCUGCCCUGCUCCUCCUCCGAUGAUGAUGAUGAUGGUUUUCUGGCCAGGGACAUGGACUUUUCCACAGCUGAGCAGGACCCCAGGGCAUGGAGCCCUGUGCCCCCCAAGCCAGGGACCUUCAGCCAGUGUGUGCGGUACUUGGCCUUCUUCUGGAACCUCCUCUUCCUCCUGCUGGGCUUGCUAGCCCUGGCUGUGGGGGUGUGGGGGCUGCUGGCCAAAGGCUCGCUGCAGGGGGAGCGCCUGGCCCCGCUGGGCUCCGACCCCAUGCUGCUCUUCGUGCUGGUGGGGCUGGGGGCCAGCACCGUCUCCCUGGCUGGCUGCCUGGGCACCCUCCGCUCCAGCCCUUGCCUGCUGCGCUUCUUCGUGGGGGCUGUGCUCGCCUUCGCGGGGAUGGAGGUGCUGGGGGGGCUGCUGCUGCUGGCAGUGCGGCACCGGCUGCGGGACGCCCUGCAGGACGUCCUGCUCCUCUGCCUCCUGCGCUACCACGACGAGCCAGACCUACGCUUCCUGGUGGAUGAGGUGCAACAGAGCCUGCAGUGCUGUGGUCUCGGCUCUUACCGUGACUGGGAGGUCAACCUGUACUUCAACUGCAGUGCCCCGGGAGUGCAGGCGUGCAGCGUCCCAGCCUCCUGCUGCCUGGAUCCCUGGCAGAAUGGCACCCUUGUCAAUACCCAGUGUGGCUUUGGAGCCCUGCACCUGGGUGAUAUGGCAGCCAGCACUGUUGUACACCUGGGUGGCUGCGUGGCACGGCUCAGUGCCUGGCUCCACAGUCAGGCAGGUGGCAUUGCAACUGCUGCGGCCAUACUGGUGCUGGUUGAGGCUGCCAGUGUGCUCAUGGCACUGAAGGUGCUUGGAGACAUCGUGCCCAUCAGGGUGCAGGAGUGAGGCUGUCGGCAGGGUGGUAGCACAGUGGAGUUGGAGACAAGAGAGGGGUUGAUUCAGCCCCAAGUAAACCUCCUCAGAAGCCUGAA